UUUAUGGGGGUUAAAGCGGAAUCGUCCCAUGAUGUGCUAUCCAAUACAAAUGAGAUGUGCGAAUAAGGCCCGCCCCUAGAGCGUGACAUGUACCAGUUGAUUGACUUUCACGCUAUCCAAUUAAAUGGGUGAAUUCCAUGACGCGAUAUCCAAUGGGCAUAGAGGGAGCGGUAUUUGAAUCGUCGCAGGGGUUGUUAGUCUUCCAAUCUCAUUUGUUUUGAACGCUUAAACGGAAAACGAGAGUAAAGAGUACACGGCCUUUUUAAAGCUUUUAAAGUCCUGCGAUUGCAUUUUACGGUAGUUGCCAUGGACGUUCGUGCUGUUCACCGCAAUGCAGAGAACCCAGCACAUGUUGGUGGCAAGGCUGGGGUUGUUAAUGUCGGUGUGAGGAGGGCUGUCCUGGGUGAACUGUCCAACUUUGCUACCAAACCUGCGAAGACAACAAAGGGCAUUAAGGCAGCAGCUCAGCCAGCUGCUGUGCAGCCUAAACGUGUUCCAGUUGUGCCAGAGGUCUUCCCUCCUGCACCAGUCAUUCCACCAGUUCAGGCUGAUGUCUCCAUGAAGGAGGAGGAUGACCUGUGCCAGGCCUUUUCUGAUGUGCUCUGUCCCAUUGAGGACAUUGAUCGAGGCGAUGCAGACAUCCCACAGUUGUGCUCUGAAUAUGUAAAGGACAUCUAUGUGUAUCUCCGUAGCCUUGAGGCCCAGCAGGCAAUCCGACCAAAAUACAUGGAUGGUUAUGAGAUCAAUGAGCGUAUGCGUGCGCUUCUGAUCGACUGGCUCAUUCAGGUGCACUCGAGGUUCCAGCUGCUCCAGGAAACUUUGUACAUGACCGUGGCCAUCCUUGAUCGCUUUCUUCAGGUCCAACCAGUGUCUCGAAGGAAACUGCAGCUGGUGGGAGUCACUGCAAUGUUGCUUGCCUCAAAGUAUGAGGAAAUGUACGUCCCAGAGGUUGGAGACUUUGCCUACAUCACAGACAACGCCUUCACAAAGCCCCAGAUUCGUGAGAUGGAGAUGCUGAUUCUCAGAGAGCUGAACUUUGAGCUUGGCCGCCCAUUGCCCCUUCACUUCCUCAGGAGGGCUUCAAAAGCUGGAAAUGCUGAUGCAGAGAAGCACACCCUCGCUAAAUAUUUCCUCGAGCUGACCCUGGUGGACUACGACAUGGUUCAUUACCAUCCAUCAGAAACUGGUGCAGCUGCCCUGUGCCUCUCUCAGCUUGUGCUUGAUGGCCAGAAAUGGUCUCCAACACAGGAACACUACACCACCUACAGUGAGGCCCACCUGAAGCCCAUAAUGAAGCACAUGGCCAAAAAUGUGGUCAAGAUUAAUGAGGGACUCACUAAAUAUGUGGUAAGUGAAAUCACUGGCACUGCUGGCAUACAUGUCUUGUGGCUUCCUCUGAUUGCGUUCUUGUUCCAGGCUGUGAGGAAAAAGUAUUCAAGCAGCAGGCUGAUGAAGGUCAGCCUACUUCCUCAGCUGAAGUCUGCACUGCUGAAGGACCUGGCUGCCCCUCUGCUCACCGCUUGAGUGUCUUCACAAAGAAUCAAUGCUGCCAAUCUGCACUUUAUUCCUGACCAGCCAUUGGAAAUGGACUGCUGCUUUAAGGAUUCUUAUGUAUAUAUGUGCAAAUAAACAUGAUUUUUACUUUUUUUUUUUUUAAUUUUAUGAACAUGUACAACUUAAUUCUUUUAAGUAGUUUUACUGUUGCCUUAACAGUUUUAGAUGUUCUUGAGCUGAAUUUUCCUAUUUGAGUUGAUGGAACAUUUCAAUAAAAGUCCAAAGAUGUUCUAACUAAAUGGUGGUUUGUUUUACUGACUUCAAAAAACACUCUAGACUGGAACUUAAACUUGGGACCUCUUAAUAGUUUGGAAUGGGGUCAUGCUAUCAGGAAAGUUGGGCCACUUUCUCCAGACGCCAGUCGAGUGUUUGAUCAUUCCCUGGUUCUCUUGAUUGCUGUCACUUACUCCUGGCUAGUCUUCAGUGUGCUGUCAGACCUGUAACUGAACAAAGUUGUCACUGAUUGUUGUGCUUCAGUACAGGCAUCAUGCAAAAAUGGAACUGCUUCUAUGUGAAGGUCCUUAUCAGACUCCACUCUAUACCACCUUGCCUUUAACUUUCCAGUGUGGCCUAAUUCAACCUACCAUUCUUCAAGGUACAACAUAGACCUGCAUUAAGAUGUCUCUUUGAUGACCAGGCAGUGGAAUGAACUUCACUUGGCUGUCUGAAUAGCAGUGUCUCUGAUUGGAGAAUGUACUGAAUGACCAGGUUUUUUACAUCAAUGAUAUAUUUUUUUAAUUUCCC